GUUCUCAUUCAUCAUUAAGCUUAUUGUCAGCGCGCGCUUUGGUGAGCAUGUUUCGAGAGCCCAACCCGGCACGACUGAGCUUGCCCGUGCUUUUGGAGCUCUGAGAGGAAUUCAACAACUCGUAACAGAUGGGAACGGAUACGGUAUGACUUACGAAAGUAGGAGAGGUGGUCGGAAAUGCGGCCGCGCGAGGCGGCAGCAUCCGGGGGCGCUGCGGUUGGCACUGGUGCUGGUAGCAGCGCUGGCGCUGUGGGCGGGAGGCGCAGCGGGCCAAGACAACCCGCCCUCGCCCGAGCCGCCCAGCCCCGCGCCGCCCUCGCCGCGGCCGCCCAGCCCCGCGCCGCCGCUCCCCCCCUGGCCGCCCCCAUCUCCGCCCACCAGCGCAGCCACGCUGCUGGACCUCAAAGCCGCGCUGGGCAACCCCUCCGGCCUCAGCACGUGGGCCGGCGGCGACCCGUGUGUCGGCACCUGGGCACGUGUCACCUGCGCCGGCGGCUCCGUGACGGAGCUCGACCUUUCCUCGCUGCCUGGCCUGGCGGCGGGCCAGGCCUUCCCUGGCGGACUUAGCUUCAUGUCUUCCCUGCGCCGGCUCAACCUUGCUUCCAACGCGCUGCAAAGCGCGCUGCCCCCGCUGCCCACGGGCCUGACCUGGCUCAACGCCGGGUCCAACAACUUGUGGGGGCCGCUGCCUCCGAGCUGGAGUCGGCUGAGGGACCUGCAGACUCUGUCGCUUGCCUACAACAGGCUGUAUGGCAGCAUCCCGGCCUCCUGGCCUGGCGGCAUGACUGCCAUGGCCACCCUGUUCCUUACCGGCAACGGGGCGUUGUGCGGUGCCCUGCCCGGCACCUGGGCCACCUCAGGCGUCGUGGAGGGCACCGGCACCGGCCUUGGCGCCGCCUGCGGCGCCAACCCCGCGCCGCCGCUCCCGGCCGGCGGCGCGCCACGCGCCGCGUUGUUCGCGGUGCGGCUGUCCACCAACUCGACGUGGCCGGCGGGGCUGGACAGCAGCUGGCAGUUUGACACGGAUCCGUGCGGCUCGACGGCGUGGGCGGGCGUGACGUGUAGCGGGGGGUCGGUGGUGCGGCUGGACCUCAGCCUAUACAACAUGCAGGGCACGCUUGCGGCGGACCUAGCUUACCUGGGCACGGCGCUUACCUUCAUGUCCUUCGCCCUCAACAAGUACUCGGGACCGCUCCCCGCCGCGUGGAGCGCCUUGCAGGGCCUCAGCCGGCUGGAGCUGGUGGGAAACUCGCUGACAGGCACACUGCCGCUCCAGUGGUCGCAGAUGACGGCCUUGACAUACCUGGACCUCUCGAAUACAAGGCUGUCAUCCACGGUGCCGGACGUGUGGGGCGCCGGCAUGGGGUCGCUCGUGACGCUGGACAUCCGCGGCGUGAGCGGCAUAUGCGGCGCCUUCCCCACGGGCUGGGACAGCAAGGUCCUGCGUGAUGCCACGUAUGCAACGAGCUGCGCACCGCCACCCAUGCCUCCCUCGCCCCUCCCGCCCUCUCCGGCACCUCCAUCACCGGCGCCGCCUUCUCCAGCGCCACCCAGCCCCAUACCUCCUAGCCCUGCGCCGCCCAGCCCGGCUCCUCCCAGUCCGAUGCCUCCUAGCCCCGAGCCUCCUAGUCCCCCUCCCAGCCCGGCUCCGCCCUCGCCCGCGCCUCCCAGCCCCGCACCUCCUAGCCCCGUGCCGCCCAGCCCCGCACCGCCCAGCCCCGUGCCGCCCAGCCCGCCUCCCUCCCCAGAGCCACCCAGCCCUGCGCCUCCCAGCCCCCCACCAUCCCCGGCGCCCCCGAGUCCUGAGCCGCCGUCGCCCCGGCCACCCAGCCCUGCGCCGCCGUCGCCAGCGCCUCCGCUGCCCCCAGCGCCGCCGGCGCCUCCGCCUCCGCCGCUUGGCUCGGGUUCCGCGCUGGCACUGGUAUACAACGAGCUCGGCCAACCCGGCAGCAUGUCUAGCUGGAGCGGCCUGCCUGCUACCGAUCCAUGCACACUUGCGGAGGUGACGUGCGGUGGCGGUGGCUCAGUGACUGGCAUCGACCUGUCCUACACCUACGGCCUGACUGGCACACUGCCACCCAGCAUGCGCUACGUGACCAGCCUUCGCUCUCUGAACCUGGGCGGCUACGUGGGAAUGACCGGCCCGCUGCCCGCCUCCUGGAGCGUGUUAGCGCAGCUGACGGAGCUGGUUCUAGCCGGCAACCAGCACACUGGGUUCCUGCCUGCCAGCUGGUCCGCGCUGACUGGUCUGGUCACUCUGGACCUGUACGGCAACAAGCUGGAGGGUCUGGUGCCGUCUGGCUGGCCGUCUGGGCUGUCCACUGGCACGAUGACGCGUCUGACGCUGUCAGGCAACGCAGGCCUGUGCGGCACGCUGCCGGGCUGGUUUGGCAGCAGCAGCAAGGUCACCACUGCUGGCACCAACGUCUCUCAGGCAUGCGGCAUCACCACCAACACGGCGGGCGGGCUGCUUUCCCUCAAAGCGGCUGCAGGCGCUUCCUGGCCAUCGGGCCUGUCGGGCUGGGUGGCGGGCACGGACCCGUGUGUGUCAGGCGCCGUGUGGCAGGGCCUGACGUGCGUGGCGCAGACGCAGCCCUACACAGAUCGCGUGGACAGAGUCGAUCUACGCGGUCUGGGCGUGGCUGGCACGCUACCUGCCGCCGCUUCUACGCUCGGGACGCUUGUGACGGCGCUGCUGCUCGGCAACGGCAACGCCUGGUCCGGGACGCUCCCGGGCGCAUGGGCGGCCGCCGGCGGCCUGCGCGGUCUGCGGUGGCUCGACCUCUCCUUCCAAACAGCGCUGACAGGGACGCUGCCGGACGCUUGGUCCCAGCUGGCCGCGUUGACGCGCCUUGGGUUGGCUGGCGCUUCCGGUCUUCAGGGCAGUGUUCCUGCCAGCUGGGAUACAGGCAUGUCAGCUAUGGGGUCGAACGGCAUCGUCAUUACGUCGGCGUCAGGUCUGUGCGGCCCUCUGGCCGGCUCGCUGACCACCAAGGUGCUUCGCGAUGCGGGCUACCUGACUAGCUGCUCCCCGCCUCCACCUGUGCCGUCACCUCCACCUGUGCCGCCCAGCCCUGCGCCGCCCAGUCCUGCGCCGCCCAGCCCGGCUCCUCCCAGUCCGGUGCCUCCUAGCCCCGAGCCUCCUAGUCCUCCUCCCAGCCCGGCUCCGCCCUCGCCCGUGCCUCCCAGCCCCGCACCCCCUAGCCCCGUGCCGCCCAGCCCCGCACCACCCAGCCCCGCACCGCCCAGCCCGCCUCCCUCCCCAGAGCCACCCAGCCCUGCGCCUCCCAGCCCCCCACCAUCCCCGGCGCCCCCGAGUCCUGAGCCGCCGUCGCCCCGGCCACCCAGCCCUGCGCCGCCGUCGCCAGCGCCUCCGCUGCCCCCAGCGCCGCCGGCGCCUCCGCCUCCGCCGCUUGGCUCGGGUUCCGCGCUGGCACUGGUAUACAACGAGCUCGGCCAACCCGGCAGCAUGUCUAGCUGGAGCGGCCUGCCUGCUACCGAUCCAUGCACACUUGCGGAGGUGACGUGCGGUGGCGGUGGCUCAGUGACUGGCAUCGACUUGUCCUACGCCUACGGCCUGACUGGCACACUGCCACCCAGCAUGCGCUACGUGACCAGCCUUCGCUCUCUGAACCUGGGCGGCUACGUGGGAAUGACCGGCCCGCUGCCCGCCUCCUGGAGCGUGUUAACGCAGCUGACGGAGCUGGUUCUAGCCGGCAACCAGCACACUGGGUUCCUGCCUGCCAGCUGGUCCGCGCUGACUGGUCUGGUCACUCUGGACCUGUACGGCAACAAGCUGGAGGGUCUGGUGCCGUCUGGCUGGCCGUCUGGGCUGUCCACUGGCACGAUGACGCGUCUGACGCUGUCAGGCAACGCAGGCCUGUGCGGCACGCUGCCGGGCUGGUUUGGCAGCAGCAGCAAGGUCACCACUGCUGGCACCAACGUCUCUCAGGCAUGCGGCAUCACCACCAACACGGCGGGCGGGCUGCUUUCCCUCAAAGCGGCUGCAGGCGCUUCCUGGCCAUCGGGCCUGUCGGGCUGGGUGGCGGGCACGGACCCGUGUGUGUCAGGCGCCGUGUGGCAGGGCCUGACGUGCGUGGCGCAGACGCAGCCCUACACAGAUCGCGUGGACAGAGUCGAUCUACGCGGUCUGGGCGUGGCUGGCACGCUACCUGCCGCCGCUUCUACGCUCGGGACGCUUGUGACGGCGCUGCUGCUCGGCAACGGCAACGCCUGGUCCGGGACGCUCCCGGGCGCAUGGGCGGCCGCCGGCGGCCUGCGCGGUCUGCGGUGGCUCGACCUCUCCUUCCAAACAGCGCUGACAGGGACGCUGCCGGACGCUUGGUCCCAGCUGGCCGCGUUGACGCGCCUUGGGCUGGCUGGCGCUUCCGGUCUUCAGGGCAGUGUUCCUGCCAGCUGGGAUACAGGCAUGUCAGCUAUGGGGUCGAACGGCAUCGUCAUUACGUCGGCGUCAGGUCUGUGCGGCCCUCUGGCCGGCUCGCUGACCACCAAGGUGCUUCGCGAUGCGGGCUACCUGACUAGCUGCUCCCCGCCUCCACCUGUGCCGUCACCUCCACCUGUGCCGCCCAGCCCUGCGCCGCCCAGUCCUGCGCCGCCCAGCCCGGCUCCUCCCAGUCCGGUGCCUCCUAGCCCCGAGCCUCCUAGUCCUCCUCCCAGCCCGGCUCCGCCCUCGCCCGUGCCUCCCAGCCCCGCACCCCCUAGCCCCGUGCCGCCCAGCCCCGCACCACCCAGCCCCGCACCGCCCAGCCCGCCUCCCUCCCCAGAGCCACCCAGCCCUGCGCCUCCCAGCCCCCCACCAUCCCCGGCGCCCCCGAGUCCUGAGCCGCCGUCGCCCCGGCCACCCAGCCCUGCGCCGCCGUCGCCAGCGCCUCCGCUGCCCCCAGCGCCGCCGGCGCCUCCGCCUCCGCCGCUUGGCUCGGGUUCCGCGCUGGCACUGGUAUACAACGAGCUCGGCCAACCCGGCAGCAUGUCUAGCUGGAGCGGCCUGCCUGCUACCGAUCCAUGCACACUUGCGGAGGUGACGUGCGGUGGCGGUGGCUCAGUGACUGGCAUCGACUUGUCCUACGCCUACGGCCUGACUGGCACACUGCCACCCAGCAUGCGCUACGUGACCAGCCUUCGCUCUCUGAACCUGGGCGGCUACGUGGGAAUGACCGGCCCGCUGCCCGCCUCCUGGAGCGUGUUAACGCAGCUGACGGAGCUGGUUCUAGCCGGCAACCAGCACACUGGGUUCCUGCCUGCCAGCUGGUCCGCGCUGACUGGUCUGGUCACUCUGGACCUGUACGGCAACAAGCUGGAGGGUCUGGUGCCGUCUGGCUGGCCGUCUGGGCUGUCCACUGGCACGAUGACGCGUCUGACGCUGUCAGGCAACGCAGGCCUGUGCGGCACGCUGCCGGGCUGGUUUGGCAGCAGCAGCAAGGUCACCACUGCUGGCACCAACGUCUCUCAGGCAUGCGGCAUCACCACCAACACGGCGGGCGGGCUGCUUUCCCUCAAAGCGGCUGCAGGCGCUUCCUGGCCAUCGGGCCUGUCGGGCUGGGUGGCGGGCACGGACCCGUGUGUGUCAGGCGCCGUGUGGCAGGGCCUGACGUGCGUGGCGCAGACGCAGCCCUACACAGAUCGCGUGGACAGAGUCGAUCUACGCGGUCUGGGCGUGGCUGGCACGCUACCUGCCGCCGCUUCUACGCUCGGGACGCUUGUGACGGCGCUGCUGCUCGGCAACGGCAACGCCUGGUCCGGGACGCUCCCGGGCGCAUGGGCGGCCGCCGGCGGCCUGCGCGGUCUGCGGUGGCUCGACCUCUCCUUCCAAACAGCGCUGACAGGGACGCUGCCGGACGCUUGGUCCCAGCUGGCCGCGUUGACGCGCCUUGGGCUGGCUGGCGCUUCCGGUCUUCAGGGCAGUGUUCCUGCCAGCUGGGAUACAGGCAUGUCAGCUAUGGGGUCGAACGGCAUCGUCAUUACGUCGGCGUCAGGUCUGUGCGGCCCUCUGGCCGGCUCGCUGACCACCAAGGUGCUUCGCGAUGCGGGCUACCUGGCUAGCUGCUCCCCGCCUCCACCUGUGCCGUCACCUCCGCCUGUGCCGCCCAGCCCUGCGCCGCCCAGUCCUGCGCCGCCCAGCCCGGCUCCUCCCAGUCCGGUGCCUCCUAGCCCCGAGCCUCCUAGUCCUCCUCCCAGCCCGGCUCCGCCCUCGCCCGUGCCUCCCAGCCCCGCACCCCCUAGCCCCGUGCCGCCCAGCCCCGCACCACCCAGCCCCGCACCGCCGAGCCCGCCUCCUUCCCCAGAGCCACCCAGCCCUGCGCCUCCCAGCCCCCCACCAUCCCCGGCGCCCCCGAGUCCUGAGCCGCCGUCGCCCGCGCCGCCGUCGCCCGAGCCUCCCAGCCCACGCCCUCCCAGCCCUGAGCCGCCCAGCCCGGCACCACCCAGUCCUGCACCACCGAGCCCCCUUCCGCCCUCCCCGGCGCCGCCAAGCCCUUCCCCGCCCAGUCCGCCUCCGUCUCCCGCCCCACCCAGUCCAGCACCUCCCAGCCCUCCCCCCUCACCAGAGCCGCCUAGCCCGGCGCCGCCGAGUCCUCCCCCAUCGCCCGAGCCGCCCAGUCCCUCGCCUCCCAGCCCUCCUCCCAGCCCGAUUCCUCCCAGUCCGGAUCCGCCCUCCCCAGCACCGCCCAGUCCAUCGCCGCCGAGCCCACCUCCUUCCCCUGUGCCACCCAGCCCGCUACCGCCAAGCCCUCCCCCAUCGCCUGAGCCGCCCAGUCCUUCGCCUCCUAGCCCGCCUCCCAGCCCCGAUCCUCCCAGUCCGGACCCGCCUUCCCCAGCACCUCCCAGUCCUUCUCCGCCUAGCCCGCCUCCCUCCCCAGCUCCGCCCAGCCCGUUACCGCCAAGCCCUCCCCCAUCGCCCGAGCCGCCAAGUCCUUCGCCUCCUAGCCCUCCUCCCAGCCCAAUUCCUCCCAGUCCGGAUCCGCCCUCCCCAGCACCGCCCAGUCCAUCGCCGCCGAGCCCACCUUCCCCUGUGCCACCCAGCCCGCUUCCGCCAAGUCCUCCCCCAUCGCCCGAGCCGCCCAGUCCUUCGCCUCCUAGCCCGCCUCCCAGCCCAAUUCCUCCUAGUCCGGAUCCGCCCUCCCCAGCACCGCCCAGCCCUUCUCCACCUAGCCCGCCUCCCUCCCCAGUUCCGCCCAGCCCGGCUCCGCCUAGUCCCGCACCUCCCAGCCCCGGCCCUCCAUCACCUGCGCCGCCGAGCCCCGCACCGCCGUCUCCUGAACCGCCCAGCCCUUCUCCGCCUAGCCCGCCUCCCUCUCCGGCUCCGCCCAGCCCAAGCCCUCCUAGCCCCGUGCCUCCCAGCCCGGACCCUCCCAGCCCGGACCCUCCGAGCCCUGCGCCACCCUCUCCAAUGCCUCCAAGCCCCUCACCGCCAAGUCCGCCUCCUUCCCCUGCCCCGCCCAGCCCCACGCCGCCCAGCCCCGCACCGCCCAGCCCUGCUCCGCCCAGCCCGCCGCCCUCCCCAGCCCCACCUAGUCCGGCACCGCCCAGCCCAGCACCGCCAAGCCCCGACCCACCAUCCCCUCCGCCCCCGAGCCCGGCGCCGCCCAGCCCCGACCCACCUAGCCCCGCUCCGCCUUCCCCGGCACCUCCCAGCCCGGCGCCUCCUUCCCCUCGCCCGCCCUCCCCGGCGCCUCCGUCCCCAGCCCCACCAUCGCCCGCGCCGCCGAUGCCGCCCAGCGCCGCCAACACCCUUCAGGUCAUCAAGUUCCAGCUAGGCAACCCCGCCGCGCUGUCCUCCUGGGCCUCAGCGGACGCCUGCGACGGCACAUACUACGGCGUUUCGUGCAUCCUGGGGGCGGUGACGUCCCUCGACCUCUCAUACACGCAGCUGUCAAGGGCGGCUCCGCCCGAGGACAUCCAGUGGCUGCGAGCGCUCAAGGUGCUGAACUUUGAGAAGAGCAAUAUCAGUGGGACCUUGCCGCUCUCCUGGGCUGCACUGACCGCUAUCACGGAACUGAACCUGGCUCGCAACGGGCUUUACGGGACGCUGCCGGAUGCCUGGAGUGCCAUGUCGCGCCUGGGCACAUUGAACCUUGGCUUCAACGCGUUGGUGUCCACCGUCCCCGCCUCCUGGGGCAGCGGCAUGACUAACCUUACCAGGAUCAUCCUCACCAACAACACCGCCCUGUGCGGUCUGCUGCCGUUCGCGCCGGGUCAUGUGACGGUAACGCUGCUGAACACGGGCCUCAAUGCCAGCUGCCCUGGGCCGCCGCCGCCCCCGCCGCCCCCGCCGUCCAUGGCGUCAGGCCUAGUCGCCCUCAAAGACGCGGCCACACAGUGGCCGCUGACGGAUUGGGGCACGGGCGACUACUGCUCCUGGACGGGCGUCGUCUGUGAUGGGGCGGCCGUAGCAGUCGACGUCUCCGACAGCAGCAUCCAGUCACGACGGACGGGCAGCAGCGCAGCGGAGAUGCGGGAGCAGUCUUCGCAAGUCUUCACACGGCUGCUCGCGCUGCUCGCGAUAACCUUCACAACUUCAGCUACACAACUGGAUGUGCUUAACAGCCUUAAGGCAUCGCUGUAUGACCCAGGGAACCAAUUGGCCACAUGGACCGGGUCGGACCCUUGCACCGGCUGGCGCGGCGUUGCCUGCAACGGCAGCGACAUAACAACUUUAGACAUCAGCUACCUGGGGCUGUCGGGAAGCCUGCCGGACGGCCUCACGGGCCUUACCGCCUUGCGUGUGCUCGACGCCACGGGAAACAAGGGCCUGAACGGCACCCUGCCCGCAGCCUGGGGUACCGUGGGGGCGUGGCCCUUUUUCCAGGAGCUAUACCUGGGGUCGAAUGCGCUCACGGGCACGCUGCCAAACUCCUGGAGCAAUUGGGGCAGCAGCAUCCAGCAGGUGUAUCUGCUGCAGAACAGAAUCAGCGGCACGCUACCCCCUAGCUGGCAGAGCUGGCAGUCCGUGCGCUAUGUCUCGCUUACGAACUGCAGCCUCACGGGCACCAUCCCGGAGGUAUGGGCCACGGGCUCGCCCGCGAUGGGCAGCUUGGUCCGGCUGUACGUGGGCUCGAACAGCUUGUGCGGGCCGCUCCCCACUGGGUGGGGCAUGAAGGUCACGUACACAAACAGCAGCAUCACACAGGCGUGCCCCUCGCCCCCGCCGCCGCCGCCCAGCACGAACAGCGGCCUCCUAGCGCUGAAGGCGGGGGUCACAGCAGAUCCAAGCGCAGUGCUGGACUCGUGGAGCGCAGCCACGCUGGGCACCGUCUGUAGCACGUGGAUCGGUGUCACGUGCAGCGGGGGCACGCUGGUUGACAUUGUUGAGAUUCAGGACAACCAGCUUCAGGGCACGCUGGCUGCGGACCUCAAAUACCUGACAACGCUGCAGCGGCUGCGUAUCGCAAGCAACUCGUUCUCCGGCACGUUGCCGCCUGAGUGGAGCGUUCUUACGCAGCUUUCGAUGUUGGAUGCGAGCAACAAUGCAGGGCUGACGGGCACGCUGCCGGUUGCGUACUCAGCGCUGACGGCGCUAAGGAACUUGAACCUGGCCAACGGCCUGGGUUUCUCGGGGACCAUCCCAUCGGCCUGGAGCAGCAUCGGGCUAACGAAGCUGGUCGUGGAGGGGACGGGCGUUUGCGGCGCCAUCCCGUCGGGAAUACCCAGCGCCAACGUCGUACCCAACCCACUUCCGGCCUGCGCGCCGCCUCCGGCGCCACCUUUUCCGCCAAGUCCAGCCCCGCCCAGCCCGGACCCUCCAAGCCCCCGGCCACCUAGUCCGACGCCGCCAUCACCAGUCCCACCCAGCCCGGUGCCGCCCUCACCAGCACCGCCGUCGCCAACGCCGCCUAGCCCCGCUCCGCCAUCCCCGGUGCCGCCCAGUCCUCCGCCACAGCCACCCAGUCCUCAGCCUCCAGUGCCCCCUUCACCGGCACCGCCCAGCCCGUCGCCCCCGUCUCCUCCACCCAGCCCUGUGCCCCCAUCACCGGCGCCGCCCAGCCCGGCACCACCCAGCCCGGCGCCUCCUCCUCUGCCGCCCAGCCCGGACCCGCCGACUCCGCCGUCUCCUGCCCCGCCCAGCCCGGCGCCCCCUUCGCCGCGGCCGCCCAGCCCAGCGCCCCCCAGCCCCGCACCUCUGGCGCCCCCGCCUAGCCCUGCCCCACCACUGCCGCCCAGCCCUCCGGCCGCGGCGCCGUCUCUGUCGCUGGUGCUUGGCGAGCUGAGCAACCCAGCGCUUCUGGCCGCCAACUGGACGGGCUCGGACCCGUGCGUGGCCAAGUGGAUUGGCGUCACUUGCACCGGCAGUGUGGUGACCGCGCUGGACAUCCGGGCGCCGUAUGUGUCGGGAUCUCCGCUGCCGCCGUCGGUGUCAUUGCUGACUGGCCUUACGAGUGCGCAGUUUCAGUCCAGCUCAUACAGCUCCACGCUGCCGGCUGGCUGGAGCACGCUGACGCGGCUGACCAACCUGAACCUGCAAAGCAACAGCAUCACAGGCACGCUGCCUGCAUCAUGGUCGAACAUGGUGGCCAUGCGGACGCUGCUGCUGGGCAGCAACCAGUUGGUGGGCAGCAUUCCUCUGUCUUGGCCGGCGGGCAUGUCCGCGAUGAGCCGUCUGAGUGUGGUCAGCAACCUGGCCAUGUGCGGCUUCCUGCCGCCUUCGUGGGAGCACGGCACGGUGGUGUCCGUCAGCAACACCAACCUCAACAUGUCAUGCCCCAGCCCGCCGCCCAGUCCUCCUGCGCCGCCGUCGCCUGCGCCGCCACCGCCCAGCGCGAGCGCGUCUCUGUACGCCGUGCGUCUGGCGAUCAGCAACUGGCCCGGCCUGGCUGGCUGGACGUUGGGCAGCGACCCGUGCACGUCCAACGCCGGCGGCCCCUGGGAGGGCGUGGCCUGCACUGGCGGCGUCCCCACGACGCUUGACCUGAGCGGUUACGGCUUCUCGUCAGUGUCGCUGCCGGCGGACCUGGCGUAUGUGGACUCGCUGCGUGUGGUGAACCUGGGCAGCAACGUGGACCUGCGCGGGACGCUGCCGGCGUCCUGGUCGGCCCUGUCGCUGCUACAGGAGCUGGAUGUGAGCGGCAACAAGCUGACGGGCGCGCUGCCGGACGCGUACUCCCACCUGUCGCUGCUUACGGCUCUGCGUCUGUCCAGCAACCAGUUUGUUGGCACGCUGCCGUCGGCUUGGCGACCUGGCGGCGGCGCGGGCAUGGCGUCUCUGUCGACGCUGUCCAUAGGCAGCAGCGGUCUGUGUGGUCCUGCCGCGGCGAACUACAGCGGUGUGGCGCUUGUCGGCACGCUGCCUAACUGCGCGCCGCCGCCGUCGCCUCCUUCGCCUGCUCCACCGUCUCCGGCGCCGCCUUCUCCAGCGCCGCCUUCUCCAGCUCCGCCGUCGCCUGCACCACCCAGCCCUGUGCCGCCAAGCCCCGCCCCUCCCUCGCCUGCGCCGCCAUCACCGGAUCCUCCAUCUCCUGCUCCGCCUCCUGUGCCGCCCAGCCCGGAGCCGCCAGUUCCUCCGAGUCCGCGGCCGCCCAGCCCCGCACCGCCCAGCCCGGCACCACCCAGCCCCACGCCACCCAGCCCGGACCCGCCUGGCCCGCGGCCGCCCAGCCCCGCGCCGCCCAGGCCCGCGCCGCCCGCUCCGCCCACUGCAGCCAACGCGCUGCUGCAGGUCAAAUACGAGCUGGGCAACUCCACGGCGCUCAGCACGUGGGACGACGUGUUACAUCCGAACCCAUGCACCAGCUGGUACGGCGUCAGCUGCGACGGCAGCGGCAACGUGGUGGACCUGAGCCUGCCGUCCACCUCGCCGCGGCUGGCUGGCCCCCUGCCGGCCAGCCUGGUGCAAGUGCGCACGCUGCGCUCAGUGACGUUGAGCGGCAACACGCUGACGGGCACGCUUCCGGACUCGUACUCCCAGAUGACGCAGCUGGAGGUUUUCAACGUAGCUGGCAACCAGUUGACGGGUCUGUUACCGGCAUCAUGGGCAGCACUCCAGCUACUUCAGGAGCUGGACUUGUCGGGCAACAACUUUGCGAGCUUUAUUCCUCCCGCAUGGCCUGGCGGGAUGACUGCGCUUGUGUACAUUUCCUUUGCCGGCAACAGCCUCCUUUGCGGUUUCCUUCCAGCUCCGUGGACGGAGGGCAACCCCGCGUACAGCUCGGCGUCUUUGUCUACGCCGUGCCCAUCGCCGCCGUCGCCGCCGCCGCGGCCUCCCUCACCGGCGCCGCCUUCGCCUGCACCACCAUCAUUUGGCAACGCGCUUGCGGGUCUCAGGUUAACGAUCAGCCCGUGGCCUGCGUCGAUUCUGGGCUGGAACACCAGCAGCGACCCCUGCACGGCUGCGUGGACAGGUGUUUCCUGCACGGCCGGGCAACCCUCCGGUGUUCUGUUGCUGCAGCGCGGGUUGACUGGCUCCUUGCCGAGCUCGUGGCUGUAUGUGACGAGCCUGACCAGCAUCCGCAUGAACAACAACAGCCUGAGUGGGACGCUACCGCGGCAGUGGGCGGGGUUGAUCGGGCUGGCUCGCCUGGAGCUACUGGGCAACGCUUUCUCGGGCCAGCUGCCUGCCGAGUGGUCCACGCUUACUAAUCUUCGCACCUUGGACCUGGGUGGGAACGGCCUGACGGGGCCUGUCCCAUCUACAUGGAGCGCCCUGACACAGACUACUCGCAUUCAGCUGAGCGACAACACAAUGUGUGGUGCCCUGCCGGCGACUACCGCAGCGAACUUUGUGUACAAUGGGACAACCAUACCUUCACCUUGUCCUAGCCCGCCGCCACCACCCUCGCCUCCGCUGCCGCCAGUACCACCGCCACCGCUGCCCUCUCAUCCACCAUCCCCGCAACCACCCAGUCCCAACCCGCCGUCGCCUAUUCCUCCCAGCCCGUCCCCGCCUGUACCGCCGUCUCCGGUACCACCCGUACCUCCCACCCCGCAUCCGCCGAGUCCGAUGCCACCCAGCCCCGCGCCACCAUCGCCCGAGCCGCCUGCUCCACUCCCACCCCCGUCUCCUGCACCGCCUUCUCCGGACCCACCUUCACCGUCGCCACCAGCGCCGCCUGUACCGCCGUCACCUAUGCCACCUUCCCCUACGCCUCCAUCUCCAGAUCCUCCGCAGCCGCCGUCUCCUGCACCGCCUGUUCCGCCAUCGCCCGUGCCUCCCAGCCCGACACCGCCCAGCCCAGUUCCACCAUUACCGCCGAGCCCGGCGCCUCCACAGCCGCCUUCCCCAGCGCCGCCCAGCCCUGUACCGCCGAGCCCGGUGCCGCCGUCCCCUGCGCCACCAAGUCCGGACCCUCCCUCUCCUUUGCCGCCACCUUCGCCGGCGCCUCCUAGCCCCAGCCCUCCUAGCCCGGCGCCGCCAAGCCCAAAUCCGCCGGCGCCUGAACCGCCCAGCCCAGUACCACCUGCAUCACCCGUACCGCCCAGCCCGCGGCCGCCCAGCCCCGCGCCGCCCAGCCCGGCGCCGCCCGCUCCGCCCACUGCAGCCAACGCGCUGCUGCAGGUCAAAUACGAGCUGGGCAACUCCACGGCGCUCAGCACGUGGGACGACGUGAUGCAUCCGAACCCAUGCACCAGCUGGUACGGCGUCAGCUGCGACGGCAGCGGCAACGUGGUGGACCUGAGCCUGCCGUCCACCUCGCCGCGGCUGGCUGGCCCCCUGCCGGCCAGCCUGGUGCAAGUGCGCACGCUGCGCUCAGUGACGUUGAGCGGCAACACGCUGACGGGCACGCUUCCGGACUCGUACUCCCAGAUGACGCAGCUGGAGUACGUCAGCGUGGCCAACAACGGGCCGGGCCUCGGCGGCCUGCUGCCUGUGUCUUGGUCCGCGCUGACGCGUCUGACGGAGCUGGACCUGUCGGGCAACGGCUUCUACUCGACCAUUCCGGCCGCCUGGGCUGGUCCUGGCGGCAUGGGCGCGCUGCAGCUUUUGUGGCUGGACAACAACGGCGCACUGUGUGGCAGCAUCCCCACGCCGUGGGCUGCUGGCAGUCCGGUGACGAGCAGCGGCACGCAGAUUGGUCUGGCGUGCCCGUCCCCGCCGUCUCCGCCUCCUGUGCCUCCCAGCCCUGCGCCUCCCAGCCCUGCCCCUCCGUCGCCGGCGCCUCCGUCUCCACCUCCGCCUUCGUUUGGCUAUGCGCUUGCGGACCUGCGGGUGACGGCCAGUCCGUUGCCGGCUGCGAUUCUGGGCUGGAACACCAGCAGCGACCCCUGCACGGCUGCGUGGACGGGCGUGUCGUGCACGGCAGGACAGCCCACCACGGUGGUGCUGAACCAGCGCAACCUCACGGGCUCCUUGCCGGAGUCGUGGGCGUUCGUGUCCAGCCUGAGCACCAUUCGCGCCACCAACAACAGCCUGACGGGCACGUUACCGCGGUCGUGGAGUGUCCUGACGUCUCUGACUCGCCUGGAGCUGCUGGGCAACCGGUACUCUGGCCAGCUGCCUGCCGAGUGGUCUACGCUGAGCAACCUGCGCACGCUGGACCUGAGCGGGAAUCUGUUGACCGGGCCUGUUCCCUCUGGCUGGAGCGUGCUGACGGGUCUGUUCCGCGUGGACCUCAGUGGUAACUCGCUGAUGUGCGGCCCGGUGCCGUCUGCGGUGUAUGUGUACAACGGCACGCAGAUUCCGGCGACGUGUCCCAGCCCGCCGCCUCCGCCUACGCCUCCCAGCCCGCCUCCGUCGCCUGUGCCGCCCAGCCCAGCGCCUCCGAGCCCUGCGCCGCCUGUUCCUCCCAGCCCUGCGCCUCCUGUGCCGCCUUCUCCGGAGCCGCCCAGCCCAGCGCCCCCGAGCCCUGCGCCGCCUGUUCCUCCCAGCCCUGCGCCUCCAGCGCCCCCUUCACCUGCACCGCCCAGCCCAGAGCCACCGUCACCGGCACCUCCGGUACCGCCGAGCCCUGCGCCUCCUGUUCCGCCGUCUCCAGCGCCCCCUUCACCUGCACCGCCCAGCCCGGAGCCGCCAGCGCCAUCUCCUCCGCCCUCACCGGCGCCCCCUUCGCCCGUGCCGCCCAGCCCGGCGCCGCCUGUACCGCCCAGCCCGGCACCACCCAGCCCCACGCCACCCAGCCCGGACCCGCCUAGCCCGCGGCCGCCCAGCCCCGCGCCGCCCAGCCCGGCGCCGCCCGCUCCGCCCACUGCAGCCAACGCGCUGCUGCAGGUCAAAUACGAGCUGGGCAACUCCACGGCGCUCAGCACGUGGGACGACGUGAUGCAUCCGAACCCAUGCACCAGCUGGUACGGCGUCAGCUGCGACGGCAGCGGCAACGUGGUGGACCUGAGCCUGCCGUCCACCUCGCCGCGGCUGGCUGGCCCCCUGCCGGCCAGCCUGGUGCAAGUGCGCACGCUGCGCUCAGUGACGUUGAGCGGCAACACGCUGACGGGCACGCUUCCGGACUCGUACUCCCAGAUGACGCAGCUGGAGUACGUCAGCGUGGCCAACAACGGGCCGGGCCUCGGCGGCCUGCUGCCUGUGUCUUGGUCCGCGCUGACGCGUCUGACGGAGCUGGACCUGUCGGGCAACGGCUUCUACUCGACCAUUCCGGCCGCCUGGGCUGGUCCUGGCGGCAUGGGCGCGCUGCAGCUCCUGUGGCUGGACAACAACGGCGCACUGUGUGGCAGCAUCCCCACGCCGUGGGCUGCUGGCAGUCCGGUGACGAGCAGCGGCACGCAGGUUGGUCUGGCGUGCCCGUCCCCGCCGUCUCCGCCUCCUGUGCCUCCCAGCCCUGCGCCUCCCAGCCCUGCCCCUCCGUCGCCGGCGCCUCCGUCUCCACCUCCGCCUUCGUUUGGCUAUGCGCUUGCGGACCUGCGGGUGACGGCCAGUCCGUUGCCGGCUGCGAUUCUGGGCUGGAACACCAGCAGCGACCCCUGUACGGCUGCGUGGACGGGCGUGUCGUGCACGGCAGGACAGCCCACCACGGUGGUGCUGAACCAGCGCAACCUCACGGGCUCCUUGCCGGAGUCGUGGGCGUUCGUGUCCAGCCUGAGCACCAUUCGCGCCACCAACAACAGCCUGACGGGCACGUUACCGCGGUCGUGGAGUGUCCUGACGUCUCUGACUCGCCUGGAGCUGCUGGGCAACCGGUACUCUGGCCAGCUGCCUGCCGAGUGGUCUGCGCUGAGCAACCUGCGCACGCUGGACCUGAGUGGGAAUCUGUUGACCGGGCCUGUUCCCUCUGGCUGGAGCGUGCUGACGGGUCUGUUCCGCGUGGACCUCAGUGGCAACUCGCUGAUGUGCGGCCCGGUGCCGUCUGCGGUGUAUGUGUACAACGGCACGCAGAUUCCGGCGACGUGUCCCAGCCCGCCGCCUCCGCCUACGCCUCCCAGCCCGCCUCCGUCGCCUGUGCCGCCCAGCCCAGCGCCUCCGAGCCCUGCGCCGCCUGUUCCUCCCAGCCCUGCGCCUCCUGUGCCGCCUUCUCCGGAGCCGCCCAGCCCAGCGCCCCCGAGCCCUGCGCCGCCUGUUCCUCCCAGCCCUGCGCCUCCAGCGCCCCCUUCACCUGCACCGCCCAGCCCAGAGCCACCGUCACCGGCACCUCCGGUACCGCCGAGCCCUGCGCCUCCUGUGCCGCCGUCUCCAGCGCCCCCGUCACCUGCACCGCCCAGCCCAGAGCCGCCGUCCCCCAUGCCGCCCAGCCCGGAGCCGCCAGCGCCAUCUCCUCCGCCCUCACCGGCGCCCCCUUCGCCCGUGCCGCCCAGCCCCGCGCCGCCUGUACCGCCCAGCCCGGCACCACCCAGCCCCACGCCACCCAGGCCGGACCCGCCUAGCCCGCGGCCGCCCAGCCCCGCGCCGCCCAGCCCGGCGCCGCCCGCUCCGCCCACUGCAGCCAACGCGCUGCUGCAGGUCAAAUACGAGCUGGGCAACUCCACGGCGCUCAGCACGUGGGACGACGUGAUGCAUCCGAACCCAUGCACCAGCUGGUACGGCGUCAGCUGCGACGGCAGCGGCAACGUGGUGGACCUGAGCCUGCCGUCCACCUCGCCGCGGCUGGCUGGCCCCCUGCCGGCCAGCCUGGUGCAAGUGCGCACGCUGCGCUCAGUGACGUUGAGCGGCAACACGCUGACGGGCACGCUUCCGGACUCGUACUCCCAGAUGACGCAGCUGGAGUACGUCAGCGUGGCCAACAACGGGCCGGGCCUCGGCGGCCUGCUGCCUGUGUCUUGGUCCGCGCUGACGCGUCUGACGGAGCUGGACCUGUCGGGCAACGGCUUCUACUCGACCAUUCCGGCCGCCUGGGCUGGUCCUGGCGGCAUGGGCGCGCUGCAGCUUCUGUGGCUGGACAACAACGGCGCACUGUGUGGCAGCAUCCCCACGCCGUGGGCUGCUGGCAGUCCGGUGACGAGCAGCGGCACGCAGGUUGGUCUGGCGUGCCCGUCCCCGCCGUCUCCGCCUCCUGUGCCUCCCAGCCCUGCGCCUCCCAGCCCUGCCCCUCCGUCGCCGGCGCCUCCGUCUCCACCUCCGCCUUCGUUUGGCUAUGCGCUUGCGGACCUGCGGGUGACGGCCAGUCCGUUGCCGGCUGCGAUUCUGGGCUGGAACACCAGCAGCGACCCCUGUACGGCUGCGUGGACGGGCGUGUCGUGCACGGCAGGACAGCCCACCACGGUGGUGCUGAACCAGCGCAACCUCACGGGCUCCUUGCCGGAGUCGUGGGCGUUCGUGUCCAGCCUGAGCACCAUUCGCGCCACCAACAACAGCCUGACGGGCACGUUACCGCGGUCGUGGAGUGUCCUGACGUCUCUGACUCGCCUGGAGCUGCUGGGCAACCGGUACUCUGGCCAGCUGCCUGCCGAGUGGUCUGCGCUGAGCAACCUGCGCACGCUGGACCUGAGCGGGAAUCUGCUGACCGGGCCUGUUCCAUCUGGCUGGAGCGUGCUGACGGGUCUGUUCCGCGUGGACCUCAGUGGCAACUCGCUGAUGUGCGGCGCGGUGCCGUCUGCGGUGUAUGUGUACAACGGCACGCAGAUUCCGGCGACGUGUCCCAGCCCGCCGCCUCCGCCUACGCCUCCCAGCCCACCUCCGUCGCCUGUGCCGCCCAGCCCAGCGCCCCCGAGCCCUGCGCCGCCUGUUCCUCCCAGCCCUGCGCCUCCAGCGCCCCCUUCACCUGCACCGCCCAGCCCAGAGCCACCGUCACCGGCACCUCCGGUACCGCCGAGCCCUGCGCCUCCUGUGCCGCCGUCUCCAGCGCCCCCUUCACCUGCACCGCCCAGCCCAGAGCCGCCGUCCCCCAUGCCGCCCAGCCCGGAGCCGCCAGCGCCAUCUCCUCCGCCCUCACCGGCGCCCCCUUCGCCCGUGCCGCCCAGCCCCGCGCCGCCUGUACCGCCCAGCCCGGCACCACCCAGCCCCACGCCACCCAGCCCGGACCCGCCUAGCCCGCGGCCGCCCAGCCCCGCGCCGCCCAGCCCGGCGCCGCCCGCUCCGCCCACUGCAGCCAACGCGCUGCUGCAGGUCAAAUACGAGCUGGGCAACUCCACGGCGCUCAGCACAUGGGACGACGUGAUGCAUCCGAACCCAUGCACCAGCUGGUACGGCGUCAGCUGCGACGGCAGCGGCAACGUGGUGGACCUGAGCCUGCCGUCCACCUCGCCGCGGCUGGCUGGCCCCCUGCCGGCCAGCCUGGUGCAAGUGCGCACGCUGCGCUCAGUGACGUUGAGCGGCAACACGCUGACGGGCACGCUUCCGGACUCGUACUCCCAGAUGACGCAGCUGGAGUACGUCAGCGUGGCCAACAACGGGCCGGGCCUCGGCGGCCUGCUGCCUGUGUCUUGGUCCGCGCUGACGCGUCUGACGGAGCUGGACCUGUCGGGCAACGGCUUCUACUCGACCAUUCCGGCCGCCUGGGCUGGUCCUGGCGGCAUGGGCGCGCUGCAGCUCCUGUGGCUGGACAAUAACGGCGCACUGUGUGGCAGCAUCCCCACGCCGUGGGCUGCUGGCAGUCCGGUGACGAGCAGCGGCACGCAGGUUGGUCUGGCGUGCCCGUCCCCGCCGUCUCCGCCUCCUGUGCCUCCCAGCCCUGCGCCUCCCAGCCCUGCCCCUCCAUCGCCGGCGCCUCCGUCUCCACCUCCGCCUUCGUUUGGCUAUGCGCUUGCGGACCUGCGGGUGACGGCCAGUCCGUUGCCGGCUGCGAUUCUGGGCUGGAACACCAGCAGCGACCCCUGCACGGCUGCGUGGACGGGCGUGUCGUGCACGGCAGGACAGCCCACCACGGUGGUGCUGAACCAGCGCAACCUCACGGGCUCCUUGCCGGAGUCGUGGGCGUUCGUGUCCAGCCUGAGCACCAUUCGCGCCACCAACAACAGCCUGACGGGCACGUUACCGCGGUCGUGGAGUGUCCUGACGUCUCUGACUCGCCUGGAGCUGCUGGGCAACCGGUACUCUGGCCAGCUGCCUGCCGAGUGGUCUGCGCUGAGCAACCUGCGCACGCUGGACUUGAGCGGGAAUCUGCUAACCGGGCCUGUUCCCUCUGGCUGGAGCGUGCUGACGGGUCUGUUCCGUGUGGACCUCAGCGGCAACUCGCUGAUGUGCGGCGCGGUGCCGUCUGCGGUGUAUGUGUACAACGGCACGCAGAUUCCGGCGACGUGUCCCAGCCCGCCGCCUCCGCCUACGCCUCCCAGCCCGCCUCCUUCGCCUGUGCCGCCCAGCCCCGAGCCUCCGAGCCCUGCGCCGCCAAGCCCAGAGCCGCCAUCACCUCGUCCACCAUCGCCAUCUCCUCCGCCCUCACCUGCGCCCCCUUCACCUGUGCCGCCCAGCCCCGCGCCGCCUGUACCGCCCAGCCCGGCACCACCGAGCCCCACGCCACCCAGCCCGGACCCGCCUAGCCCGCGGCCGCCCAGCCCCGCGCCGCCCAGCCCGGCGCCGCCCGCUCCGCCCACUGCAGCCAACGCGCUGCUGCAGGUCAAGUACGAGCUGGGCAACUCCACGGCGCUCAGCACGUGGGACGACGUGUUACAUCCGAACCCAUGCACCAGCUGGUACGGCGUCAGCUGCGACGGCAGCGGCAACGUGGUGGACCUGAGCCUGCCGUCCACCUCGCCGCGGCUGGCUGGCCCCCUGCCGGCCAGCCUUGUGCAAGUGCGCACACUCAAGUCCAUCGACCUGAGCGGCAACACGCUGACUGGCACGCUCUUGGACGUUUACUCUCAGAUGACACAGCUGGAGGCCAUUAGUGUUGCCAGCAACUUGCUUUCGGGCGUGUUGCCGUUGUCUUGGUCGGAGCUCCGCAGCCUGCGUAGCCUGGACCUUGGGACGAAUCCUCAGCUUGUCAGCACCGUCCCUGUGGCAUGGCCAGCCGGAAUGACGGCGCUGACGCUCUUGGUCCUCCGCAACAACCCGAACCUGUGUGGGUCGUUACCUGGAACUUGGGUUGUGAACAACCCAGUGGUGACAACAGGAUCAUCGCUUGGCACCCCGUGCCCCUCUCCGCCCUCACCUCCGCCAGCUCCUCCCAGCCCGUUCCCGCCCUCCCCUACACCUCCCUCGCCCGAACCGCCCUCACCGCCGCCGCCUUCAUCCGGCAAUGCGCUGGCAGACCUGCGGCUGACGGUGAGCGCAUGGCCGGCGACAAUGGCUGGCUGGAACUCGACAUCGGAUCCUUGCAUAGCUGCAUGGACCGGAGUGACCUGCACGGCCGGCCAACCCACGUCAGUCCAACUGCCCUUCCAAGGCCUGAACGGUUCGCUGCCGUCCACCUGGAGCUUCGUGACCAGCUUGCAGAGCGUGGUCCUGGGCGGUGGCACCAACACCCUGCGUGGCACGCUGCAUGCGGCCUGGUCGUCGCUGCUGGCCCUGACACGAUUGGACGUUGUUGGGCAGAGCUUCACCGGCCCGCUGCCGCCCGAGUGGUCAGUUCUGACGGCUCUCCGCAGCUUGGGCCUGUCCGCUAACCAGCUGACGUCCAGUGUGCCUGCGGCAUGGAGCGUGCUGACGGCUCUGACUCGCGUGGAGCUUUCAAACAACACACUCAUGUGCGGCCCGGUGCCAUCAGCUGCUUACAUCUACAACAACACGCUGAUCCCGGGCCCCUGCCCGAGUCCUCCUCCCCCGCCAUCUCCACCCCAGCCGCCAAGCCCUGUCCCGCCGUCGCCGCCACCGCCUCCUUCGCCUGCGCCUCCCAGCCCAGAGCCGCCGAGCCCAGUUCCGCCGUCACCCGUGCCACCCAGCCCAGCGCCGCCGGUGCCUCCAAGCCCAGCGCCGCCGCUACCUCCCAGUCCAGUGCCGCCCAGCCCAGUCCCACCUAGCCCGGAGCCGCCGAGCCCAAGACCGCCCGCACCGCCCUCGUUCGCGGACGCCCUGUACGCCGUAAAGAACGAGCUGUCGAACCACACGGUGCUGGCCAACUGGACCGUGGGCACGCACCCAUGCAUUGACAGCUGGACAGGCGUGCAAUGCACCGGCACGGACGUGACGGGCAUCUCGCUGCAGUACGUCAGCCCGUCCUUCAACGCGCCGGUGCCGCGGCUGCUGUACCAGGUGCCCACGCUGCGUGUCAUCAACUUCGUGGGCUCCGGCCUGACAGGCACACUGCCGCCCGAGUGGUCUAUACUGACCAACCUCGUAUCCAUCCAGCUGACGUCGCCGAACAGCAUCCAGGGCCCUCUGCCUGUUGGCUACUCGGCGCUGACGCUGCUGUCAUCCUUAAACUUGGCCGGAAACCAGCUGACCACCACGAUCCCGCCCCAGUACUCGGUCUUGACGGCGCUGACGCGCCUCAACGUGGCCAGCAACGCCGCCAUGUGCGGACCGCUGCCGCCCGUCAUCUCAGUCAAGGUGGUCGCCACCGGCACCAACGUGGGUCUGCCCUGCCCCGCGCCGCCACUGCCGCCCUCGCCGCCGCCGCAGCCCCCGCUGCCGCCCUCGCCCAUCCCGCCGCUGCCGCCCGCGCCGCCCAGCGCGCAGCCGGUGCUGCUGCUUGUAAAGCAGGCCGUCACCUCGCCUUGGCCGUACGCGGACUGGGUGGCGGGCACGGAUCCUUGCGCGGUCGGCGCGAACUGGAACGGCGUCACGUGCCCGGUUGGACUGGUUGAGCAGCUGGACUUGUCGUACCUGAACCUGGUCGGUUCUCUUGCUCAAGACCUGCGCUUCCUCACCAGCCUCAAGUCCCUUGACUUCUCCGUGAACCAGUUCAGCGGCGCGCUGCCGUGGGAGUAUGCCAACCUGAACCAGCUCAGCGUGCUGCGGCUCGGCAACAACUCCUUCUCCGGCUACAUGCCGCCCGAGUGGUCGUCGCUGACAAACCUGAUGGAGCUGGACCUAAAGGGCAACCAGCUCAUCUCCACCAUCCCGCCCGCCUGGAGCACACUCACGAAGCUCACACGCCUGGACCUGUCCGGCAACCCGCUGGCUUGCGGCGCGGCACCGCCCGCCAUUGCCGCCGUGGUGGUGCCGAACCUGCUGGCGAACUGCCCGCCGCCACCCUUCCCACCGAGCCCUACGCCUCCCAGCCCGGAGCCACCAUCACCGUCACCGCCGGCGCCGCCAAGCCCCGAGCCGCCCAUGCCGCCGAGCCCCGUGCCGCCGAGCCCCGAGCCGCCAAGCCCGGUGCCGCCAAGCCCGGCGCCGCCAAGCCCGCAUCCACCCAGCCCGGUUCCGCCAAGCCCCAUGCCACCAAGUCCGGCGCCUCCUAGUCCGGACCCACCCAGCCCGAUGCCGCCUAGCCCGCUGCCCCCGUCGCCCUCCCCUCCGAUGCCACCCAGUCCGGUACCUCCGUCGCCGCCGCCGCCCACGCCGCCAUCUCCUCCCCCGAGCCCUGAGCCGCCUUCGCCCACGCCGCCUUCGCCUAUGCCGCCUUCACCCGUACCGCCUGAUCCGCCCGCGCCCCCGCCCGCGCCGCCUUCACCUCCCAGUCCGGCACCGCCUGACCCACCCUCGCCCCCGCCGCCUCCCUCACCAAACCCGCCAAGCCCGCCGCCGCGCACGCCGCCCAACGCGCCGCCGCCGCCGCCGCCCAGCCCGCCGCCCUUCCCGCCCGAGGCCGUCCGCCCCACCAUAUCCAUGUUCGUAUCCUUCCCGAGCAUGGAUUGCAACGAACUGAGCGACGACCCCUUCCUGGAGCAGCAGGUCAACAACGAGGUGCGCGCCGCGCUGGGCGCGUCACUGGGCGUGGAUAGCUCCUCCGUCGCCAUCCUGCAGAUGGUGUGCGGCGCCAGCGGCGGCGGUGGCGUCACCGCCACCGGAACCACCGUUCGGCGACGGCAGCUGCUGACGGCGGCGCUUGAAGCCGCAGCAACGGCUGCGUUAGAGGCAAGCGCCAGCGAGGCGCCGCCACCGCGGCCCAACUCCGGCGCGCCCGCGCCGGAUGAGGACCGGCUGCUACUCGUCAGCUCAGCCGCCGAUGGCUCCUCCUCGUCUUCGUCCACCGGCGCCGCAGCCCUGUACGAGGACUACGUCUACACGGAGAUGGAGGCGCUGGCGCAGACGCCCGAGCCCCGCGUGCUCAUGGCGCAGCAGGCCUACGCCUCCGCGGCGGGCAUCACCUCCGACCCCGCCUCCGCGCGCGACGGCCAGGCGCCGGCGCCCUACGCCGCCGCCACGGGCAUCGCCGUCUUCGACGAGUGCUCCGACGAGCCGCCGGGCCAGUGCGGCCAUCGCCAGCCGUCAUCGGAGGCUGACGGCGCCAUGGGGCCGCAGCCCUCGCCCGCCCCUGGCACAGACCCUGACCACUGGCAGCGCGCGGGCCGGCCCGCACCGGGCGGCGCGGCUGCCGGUGCGCACGGCGGGCGCCGCUGGCGGCGCCGCAUGGCGGCGGUGGCCAACCCCUCCGGCGUGACGCUGGAGCUUGCGGCGAUGCUGCCCAAGACGGCCACGCAAGCCAGCAUCGACCUGCUGAUGGCCAAGAUCAACGCCGCGCCCGAGGACGUGACGUGGCUCUUCUCCGCCAGUUCCAUGCUGGUGCAGUACGGCACGCCGCGCGUGUCGGCUGUAGCGUUCGACGUGCGCGCCAGCCUGUUCUCCGACAGCCGGCCCUGCGACAAGCGCCCCGCGCUUGCGGGCUACGCCCCCGCCUUCGUGAGCCGCUACGAGUUCGCGGUGCUGCUGCGCUUCGCCGCGCCGUUCAACUUCACGGCCUGCGGCGCCAACUACGGCUGUGUGCUGGGCGUGAGCAAGCGCGGGCUGGUGGCGGAGGGCUCGCUGAGGCCGCUGGACUCGCAGGGGUCCACGUACCGCCUCAAGGUGACGGUGCUGUCGGAAGGCACGCUGGAGCUGGUACUCCGCGACGACCCAUGCGACCCCACCACGCGCGCCGCCUACCUUAUCGUCACCGUGGAUUUCACCAACCCCCAAGCCGUGCUAACGCUGGCGACGGCGCCCACGAUGUCCAACGCGACCUUCCUGGUGCACGCCGACUUCACGGAGCCGGUGCAGCCCAUCCUGCCAUCCGACAUCGCGGCGAUUGACUGCCGCGUCGCCAGCGUUCAGCUGCUGACCCCCACACGCAUGCUGCUGGUUGUGGAGGGCCAGACCGGCGCCACCGCCAAGGUCCAGCUGUCCAGUUUCGCCUUCGCCGACCGCUCAGGUAACCCCGGUGUGCCGUCCAACCGGCUGGAGGUGGUGGUGCCCUCGCAAGCUGUGGCGUUGGUGGCGGACAUUAGCCACUACGCCACCAUGGCCGUGAUGGGUGCCUCCGCGGUCAGCUGCGGCGCCACUGCGCUGCUUGCACCCGGCUGGCGCAGCAUCGCGUGCGUGGGCGGCCUGCUGCGGUCGCUGGGCCACCUGCAGGUGCUUUCGUACACCGAGUCGCUGGCCUUCCGUACGCCCGACGCCUACAAGAAGGCCGCCAGCGCGUCCGAGUGGUCGCAGUUGGCCUGGCUGCCGGCGUCCGCCACCUCCUGGAGCGAGUCCUUCAGCAAGCAGCUGGGCCGCCUCACGUCCGCCGUGCCACCGCCGCCUCCCCCCAGGCUGCAGAGCUUCAGCGGCACGCUGGAGACGUACAUCGUGGACUCGGGUUUGGUGUCCGCAACGCCAUACCUCACCUACGCCGCUGUCGCCGCGCCCGACGCAACGGACGUGCAGGCCGUGUCCUCGCUGACACGCUACGCCGACGGCCUAGUGUACAACGUCACGCAGCUGCCGGACAUGCGGCCGCCGGUGCGCGAGGCGUGGUCUGACAUCGUGGCCACCGCCAUCGUCUCCGGCGCCGUGCUGGCCGCGGCGGUGUUGGUGCACCUAGUCCUGGUUUGCUCCACCGACCGCGACAUGCGGCUGCUGGGCUACUCCUUCUACGCCGCCUGGCCCAAGCUGUUUCUCAUCGGCCUGGUCGCCGUCACGCCGCCGCUGGUGUAUGGCUCCUUCCGCGUGCUCAGCUAUGAGACGGUGGGCGGAGCCGCGCCGCCCAUUGCUGUGUUUCUGCUUCUGGCGCUGGCGGUGGGCGCGGCGCUGCUGGUGGUGGCUUGGCUCAUGGUUGUGGCGCUGACGCGCGCCCCCAAGAAGCUGCCGGUGCAGCCGGAGAAGCCAGAUCCGCAGUGGGCGGAGGGCGCACCGCGCUCGCGUGGCGCCGCCGCGGCCACACCACGCACGCCACGGAACCAGGUGGCCCCGGCGCCCAUGUCGCCGCCGCCGCCACAAAACGGCGCGCAGAACAUCCUAGUCAACCAGCAGCAGCCGCAGCUCCAGCCUGGCAUGGCGCCGCAGGACCCCCACCAGCUGUUCAUGCCGCGCGGAACGCCCAUAGCGGCUGGCCGCCCGAUGGCCGUGCAGGCGGCACCGCUGCCGCUCAUGGAGAUGGACCCAGCGCCGCCGGCCAUGCCCGGUGCCAUGCUGCCGCCGCCGCCGAUGCCGUGGCACAUGCCCAUUCGGCCGCCACAGCUGAUGGGCUACGUGCCGCAGUACGCCACCGGCCCGCGCCCGGCGCCCAUAGUCAUGCCCGCACCACCGUACGCGCCGAUGCCGCCGCCGCCCGCACCGCCGCCGGCUGCGCCGCCGCCGCUGCUGGCAUCACUGUUCGGCCGGUGGCGCGGCCAGCCGGUGGCGGGGGCAGCAUCUACCGGGGCCGCUGGCCCGCUGGCCGAGGCUCACGAGCAGCCGGAAAUGCAUCGGCAGCAAGAGAAGCAUCCUCAAGGAACAUCUGCGCAGGAAGGGGGCGGCCGUCGGCAGCUGCUGCGCAACCGCUCCAAGUCGUGGAGCUCCCGGAGCCCGCGCAGUCCCGCAACGGCGGGCCCCGUCGGCGAGGUGGCCGAGUCGGGCGAGCCCGCCGCAGGCAGAACCUCGCCCGCUGAGCCCGCGGUGGGCUCCAAGCGCCGCCCGUGCCCUCUGGAGGAGCACGAUGCCGGUGGUGCUUCUGACGACGCCGGUGGCGACAACUCGCCUCUCCAGGGCCUGCGCACCGACUCGGCUCGCCGCGCCGCCGCCAUCGAGCGGCUGUCGCCGCGGGGGCUGCUGGCGCGCCAGGCCCGCAGCUCCUGCCCUGGCCCGUUGCUGCUGGGCGCUGCGUCGGUUCCGGUUGAGGAGCAGGCCGCUGUGCCUGCGGCCGCCGUUGCAGUUGGCGCGGCGACGCAGAGCAGCGGCGGCGACACGGGUUCGCCUCGCUCGCCUCGCAUGCGGCAGCCGGUGCUGGCCAUGGCACGCCCCGGCUCCAGCGCUGGCGAGAUAUCACCCGCGUCGGGCUCCGCGCCGGCGGCUGCGUACAUGCCCAACGCGCCCAUGCUGCUGGGUGGCGCCGCCGCACGUGCGCUGGCCAGCUCGCGCGCGCGUGUCUCCCUGUCGCAGGAGGUGGGCGCCGGCUCCGGCAGCGGCCCAGCCAGCCGCCUUGCAGAGAUCCUAGCCACGCCGCCACGCCGCAGUGGUGCUGGCGGCCGGGGCAGCGACGCCGGCGGCUCAGCUGGGCCGUCGCGACUGCGCGCCGAGGCGUUGUCUCAGCCCGCGCCGCGCGGCCGCUUCAGCAUGAUGCCGCCGGUGCCGCCCUCGCACGGCCGCAACGCAUCCUCCGCUCGCUCUGAGGCAAGCAUCGACGACGCUAUGACCUCAGCGCGCGUGGGCACGGCCCGCCUGGGCGCUGGCCCCGCCGGCGCCUCAGGCGCCGGUGGUAUGGAGGGCACCAGCGGCGGCGGCGCGCGCUCCUCCGCUGGCAACACCACCUGGUUCGACAUUGCCUCGGACGACGAGCUGGUUCGUCGCCGCACCACUGACAUUGACAUGGGCAGUGGCAGCGACAACGGGACGGGUGGCGGCGAGCGCGGCAGCGGCGGCAACCGCAAUGCGGCACGCCGCGCCGGCCCUGGCCCCGUUGCGGAAGGCCGUGAGGGCAACCUGUUUGCGCUGGACCGUGACCCUGAGGGUCGCGCCAAGCGCGUUUCCAAGAUCCGCCAGGCUCGUCGCGCGCCCGAGGCGCCGCUGGUCAACCGGCCCAUUACCGGCUACAUCCCAGGCGUGCGUGGCGGCGGCGGCGGCGCCGGCCCCGGCGGCGCAGGCAACGCGGCUGCCAUGGCGGCCGCUGCGGCGGCUGGCCAAGGCGAGUGGCCUGGGCUUGCGCCGCGCGGAGAGACCGCGGACGGCGGCCUGGCCAACUGGCUGCGGCCGCCGCCGGGUGCGCACCGCGACCGCGGCCAGGCACGCGGUCGCCGCUCGCGCAGCCGUGGCCGCGAUGAUGACGACGGCGGCGGCGGUGGCGGUUAUGAUGACCGGCUCAGCACCGCCGCCUCGGGCGAUUAUGGCCGCGGCCGCACCGCCGGCCGCCUCAACACCGCCGGCAGCGGCAACUACGAGCCAGGCCCCAGCGGUGCGCCCACCUACGAUGGUCGCUCCGCCUUCUGCGCCUCCUACGGCUGGUUGGUGGCCGACGUGGUGGGCAACACCGACGAGUCGGCGCUAAACCGCGGGGGGCAGCGGCGCAUCCUUGUUGCCAACGUGGUGUCGCUGUUGCGCACGCUGCUGCUGGCGGGUCUGCUGGGCGGCUGGGCCGCGCGCACCGCCUCCGGCUCCAUGCUGCAGGUGAUCGCCGUGAUCGCCGUCACGGCCGGCUGGCUGCAGUACUUGCUAGUAGUACGACCGUACGUCAGCAUCCUGGGCCUGGUGGCGGAGGCGGUGGUGAGCGGCUUCGAGUGCGUGCUGCUGGUGAUGGCGGCGCUGGCGCAGGGCCGCGUGCGCAUGAGCCCCGCGCCCGCGACGCUGGCCAUUGUGGCGUUGUUCAUUGCGGUGGGCGUGGUCGCGGUGCUGGAGGUGGUGCGCACUGUGCUGGUGACCAUCUACAUCGUCAAGCGCAUGCAGCAGGCAGCGGACGAUGCAGACGAGGCAAGUGCAGGCGGCGCGGGCAAGGGUGGCCGCGCCCGGUCGUCACGCGUGGGUGCCUUCGGCGCCUCCACCAGCGGCAGCCGCCGUGGCGGCGAGCCGUGAACGCAGCAGGGAGUGCGCGAGUGAGCACUCCGCUGCUAUACUUCAAAAUGUGUACUUGCGGAAGAGCAUCGUGUUGAGUACCGUGUAUUGUAUUUGAAAGGUGAAGGGGAAGUAACACAACGUGUAUGCGUGUACGUGUAUGUCAAGCUGUGGGCACAACCCUGUGCCCGCAGAGCAGCCGCAAACUUUGCAUGGUGGAUUGGUGGCCCAUUUGAUUGGACCUAUCUUCAUAAUAGAACCGUUAAGGGGAAUCCCCUUGCGCAGCAAGGAGGAAUGUUGUUCAUGUGCACCGUUGUAUCCGGUACAUGAAAGGAUGAAUGCGACUGCUCCACGGAGACACGCUGUGAAUGGCUUUGAGCUUUCGAACACCUUCCACGUGCGCGCGUGCGCUUGCUUGUGUGCAUGGUGUUCAUGGGGUGCACUAGUACAGUGUUGUUGGGGAUGACGGCAACGCUACCGAACCACAUUAGGCAUUGAUUCAACUGACAUGAACAGAUACCUCAACUUCAUAAUCAAAUGAACUGCCGUAGCUUAUCAUUAUGCAUGGGCAAGUGUAUGGAGUGUGUGUGGCCAUCCAAUCGAUGGACCUCGCGUGAAUAAAGGGGCAUAUCUUGUGAAAAGCGGCGCGCCCCAGCACAUCGUCCCAGGUAGAUGAUGUAAGUGCCGGAACUCUGUGCCAUGGGAAGUCGACAGUGACAGUCCGCUGGCGAGGGUGGGCUGUAAGACAUGGGAACC